CGGAGCUUGAAUAUUGAACUUGUAACUGUUGUCUGCAGUGAUAUCACAACACUGCAAUAUGAGGACACGCUCAUAUGACCGCCACCCGUCUCCAUCCCUGGGCAAGGCACAGGUGUAACUGGGGCAAACGGUAGGCAUGGGGAAUAAAAGGAGGAGGAAGGAUGCCAGUUGAGCCCCUUAUCCCACCGCAAACACUGCCAACAUCAUAUUAAAGAAAGACAGAACAUGGCUCAGUCCGUGAGGAGGCCAGAAACUCUAGGAGCCAUGGACCAUGAGCCCCAGAGGGACAAGACCAGGACCAGCUACUUUGGCAACGUCAAGACCAGGCUGGGUUCCAAGCUUCCUCCUGGUGUCUCUCAGCCUCCACAGUUUGCUAAGCGGCCCUGGGAGACUCAACCUCAGGCGCAAGUGAUACAGGGGCCUGCAGCCUGCGGCCAGCGGCAGCACCAACCCACCGUGAGCCGGCCUCUCAACCACACCCCCCACAUCAGAAACCCCAAACUGCGGCAGUACUACCUGCAAGGGACUUCAUGGGACCUUAACCCUGCUGGAGUGAAGCAAGAGCAUAUGAGAGGACUGUCAGAUGACAACACAAGCAGCAGGGGUCUCCCCGGGGACACGGUGUUCAGCGUCUCAUCUCAGUUCAACAGUAACAACACAUCUUCAGUAGAAGAGGGCAAAAUAGGUCACCAUCCCUCCAUUUGCACUUCAAAUGAACCCUCCUCGUCUGCUACCCUCGUCCCCAGAGAGCAGCUGGUCAUUCCGAAGGGAAAACACUCUUCCACUGAUCAAGAACUGGACUCAGACUCUGAUCCUAAACCGAAGCGAGAAACGGAGGUAGAUCUUCAACCUCAGCCUCCCUCACCAGAAGCAGAAUAUGACAAACUACUGGAUGUGGAGGCGGUGCCGAUGCCUGAUGGACAGCUCUGCUUAUUGGCUCUGCCACCAGAGUGCUGCCAGGGGGAGGGACCAGAGGACAUGCAGUACCUCAAACUGUUCUGCCGCAACAUAACAGACCGUAAGGGUGUAGUUUCAGGUAUCCUGUUGGUGACGGCCAACAAGAUCUUCUUUGACCCGUGCAAGACGCAUGCCCUGGUGAAGGAACAUGGCUGUGAGGAAUACCUCCUGUCCUGCUCUGUUGACAAUCUGGCAUCUGUCUCCUUCUUCUCUGACAUCUCACACGUUCGAUUCAACACAUCCCAGCAGAGGAGAAAAGGCAAAGACAUUUUCCAGAUUUUGAAAACCGGCAAAAGCGGCGCAGGCGGCUUCCCAAACCCAAAAGGGGAGUCGCUCCCAGCUCUGGUGUCUUUGGCUGCAUCAGAUUUGUCACGUCUGGCUCUGAGCCUGACCAAAGAGGUCUCUCGGGAGGAGGAGGAUGCAGAGAGCAUAGACAUGGCGAAGGCUGAGGUGGAGCUUGAAAGCAGCCCUCUGGAGGUGCUGUCGGAGGCAUCUGUAGGCGACCUGGGAGUGGCUGCCCUGAGCAGCGCUGCCACCUUCUGCUGUGGAGGUCAAGAGGCGGUGAGUAAAGUCAAGACGGAUCUGCUUCACACUGAUGAAACGGGGAUGUCUUCUGAGAAGAGUCCGACUGCAGGUACGGAUGUGUAUCAGGAUCGGUCUCAAAGAUGGCUUAUUUUUUUGUUUCUAUUCUUCUUUACCACAAGUCAGCCCUUGCUCUUUGUUUUACUUUCAGUGCCUCGGAGGUCAUCCGCUGUAAAUCCCGGGAGUCUGAUGUUUGUGCGGCUGCGGGUUCAGCCGUCUGCAGCAAGGAAAAAAAAGGGUGCAGGAGGCCUUAAGCUGGGGUCGUCACAACCUUUACCUAGAAGGGAUGCCUGGCUUGCCCUUUCACAAGAGAGUUCUGACGAGCUGUAUGCCUACCUUACACACUGUCGACCAGACUUGUGUAUAAUUGAGGGAGGGGAGGAGGAGAGGGAGGCGGACCGGGAUGAAGAGGAGUUUGUACUCAUUGAGGACAAAGAGGAAGAGGACGAGCAGGUGCUCCAGAGGCACCGCAGCUCGAGAGGUGACGACUGGGAGAUGGUGUUGAUGGAAGAGAGCGAUAAGCCAACGCUGGUCAUCGACAGGGACCUUGACGAACUCAACGAUAUCGUAGAAAGCAGCCGCAUUUUAGAGACUUCACAUGUCAGAGAGCUAUGUAAAGAGCUUCCUCCGAGGACAGUUGGCUACAGCUGGCAGCUGACUUAUAGUACGUCCCGUCACGGCGCCAGCCUCAAGUCCCUCUACAGGAAACUCAGAGCCACAGACUCCCCUGUGCUCGUGGUCAUCAAGGAUGCACUCGAUGAGAUAUUCGGGGCCUUCCUCUCUCAUCCUCUGAGGCUCAGUGAGACGUUCUACGGCACAGGAGAGACGUUCCUCUUCAUGCUCCAUCCUCGCUUCAAGUGCUUCAGAUGGACUGGAGAGAACUCCUUUUUUAUUAAAGGAGACUUGGACUCCUUUGCUAUUGGUGGAGGCAGCGGUCACUUUGGUCUUUGGGUGGAUGAGAAUCUGUACCUGGGUCGCAGCAGCCCCUGCUACACUUUCAACAACUGUUGCCUCUCAGAAACCAACGACUUCCGAGUCAUGGAGCUGGAGGUGUGGACAUUCACCUGAAAAGGUCGCAGAGCUUCUCUUUGACUCGCCUCGUCGCCACUGAUCAGCUUUAUCAAGACGGCCUUUACUGUAUCACCGAGCAAAAACAUCACAGCCGCUCAUUAAUUUCAUGGUAACAUCCACGUCAGAAACUAUUACAAACUGCUGGAUUUAUCCGUGUGUUUUAGUGCUGAGGAUUUUACUGAACUGAACAAGGCUGUUUUAUGGUUGACUCAUUGCUGUUGGUUUGGUGAACUGAGUAGACCUGAAUUGGAUUCUUUGAGUCCCAGAAGUAAGUCUCAGAAACUGCACUUUGCUCUUAAUGUGAAUCAGUAACUUCAUGAUGUCUCAUAAUUUAUCAUGUGAACUUGGCAUAUAACUGUGUUCAGUGAAUGACAUUUGAAACACCCAUUUGUCUUCUUAUGAAUAGAUGUCUCUAUUGUAAAACUACACACACACACACACACAUCAUUGUUAUGGGUUUGCAUCAGUUAGUGUCAUAGAUGGCAUAAGUAAAUAUUGGAAAUAAUCGUGUGCACACACAUUUAGAGCUCCACUUAAAGAAAAACCUUUCAAUUGAAAAACAUCUGUACUUGCAAUGGAUUGUAGUCUCAUUCAUUAAUAUUCUGAACUCUUCAUUUCAAGUGCUGACUCAUUCACCACCGUGGUUUCUGAACGUGACAGAUAAAGCUUUAAAUUAAUGCAGUGUUGUCUCAAUUCAACUGUAUCCAUAACAAGCUCCAUGUUCGAACCAAGCAAGUCUACUUUGCUUACCUUGUACAGAAUAGUAGAUUAGUUAAUCAAAUUAGCACAAAAUGAUCAUGUAAACAUCUAAACACGUUUGUAUAAUUUGUUUUAACUGUGCAGCGCAUUGCAGAUUUUGUCAAAAAACACACGAUUCAGUUUGUACAGAAAAACAAAACAUUUUAAUUAUUUCAUCUUUUUGUGGGGAAAAAAUGUGUUUCCCCCUAAAGGCUCAAAUCAGUCAGCUGUUUCACAUGUAGAGGACCUUGUAUGAACUUUCACAAAGUUAAAUUCAGACUUAAUGUUACUCUCACUGUUAUUACUACUUAACUAUUACUAUUUAAAUUAUUUGUUAAUCCCUGUGUUCAGGGAGACUAGGUCCUGAAGAGGAAACAUUGUUUGUU